GUUCAUCUGAGACACUGUAGAAUGGCGCCGCUAGUAUACCAGUUAGCUUUAUUAGCCUAGCACUCUUGUUCUGACGUAAGAAAACAGCAUUCUUGGCACCGCCCAAACCGAACGACGCCCAUUAUAAGCUGCGGCCAUGAUUUCUACUCUAAGAUGACCAUAAACUUAUGACCGACACAACCUCAAUUCUAGCGUCUUACGGUGACACCCAGGGAGACUGAUGCUUUCCGAUGAACUCGAUUCCAAACCAGAGCUGCUGGUGCAGUUUGUCCAGAAUGCAUCCAUCCCACUGGUCCAGGGUCUGGAGGACCCAGAGUCCAAACAUGCCUGCCUGCCACUGCUGACCCCGGUUGGCAGUUCUUUGUGUGGGCACCUGCAGCUCACUGAUGGAGCGCUGAGCCCCCCACCCGAGAGUUCUUCGUCGCUGUCAGAGCUUUCGGGCGUGCCGGAACGGAGCUCACUGGCGGUGCACCAGGCACACGUCACACACUCGCGGGCCUCGCCCAGCCCACCGCCCAUCCUCCAUGACCUGCAGCAGUCGGACGGCACCUCCUAUGUCCUGCUCAACCUGGCAAAAAGCAUCACAGCCUCCUCUGAGUCCCUCAUCUUCGCCACGGACGGAGCAGUUGACGAUGAAGACGUUUCGUCGGGAGACUACGGCCUGGACGGCAUCGCCCCCUGGUAUCUGCGGGUGCAGGAGCUAGCCCACGACAGCCUGAUCGCAGCCACGCGGGCGCAGCUGGCACGGGAUGCCAAGGCCAGUCAGGAUGCCAGAGCAGCUAUCACCACCAAUGGCGACCACACGCACGAGUUGCCGUUGGGUGGUGAUGAAGUCACCGUGCCGCUGCCGGCACCGCCCCGGGGCGGGCGCCCCCUCGCCAGCAGGCAGAUUCUCCGCUGCUCAUUUGAGGGCUGCUGCAGGACCUUCACCUGGCCCGCUCACCUUAAGUAUCACCUCAAAACGCACAGGAACGACCGCAUGUUCCGCUGCGUGGCGGAGGGCUGUGGUAAGAGCUUCUACGUGCUGCAGCGUCUCCAGGUUCACAUGAGGACGCACAGUGGUGACAAGCCUUUUGUAUGCAAGGAGAACAACUGCGGAAAGAAGUUCACCACGGCCGGAAAUCUCAAGAACCACAAACGCGUGCAUACCGGGGAGAAGCCUUUUGUGUGUGAAGCAGAUGGUUGUGGGCGCUCCUUUGCCGAGUAUUCCAGUCUGAGAAAACACAUGCUUGUACAUUCUGGCGAGAAGCCUCACCUAUGUGGGAUCUGCGGAAAGACGUUCUCACAGUCUGGAAGCAGGAAUGUCCAUAUAAAGAGACGUCACGGGGAAGAAGGCCUCGCCACUGAAAGCAGGGAAACAGGAGAAGCUCUGACACGCAGCAGCCUCCUGGAAGCCGAUGGUGAGAGCGAUACCGGUCUGGUCGCCAUGGCCACUGACGUGGAUGCUGUCAACCUCCAUCACGCCAUGCUCAGGUCACCAGGUCCGGCAGACUCUGUGAGUGUUCUCGCUUCUCAACAUCAACUGGUCACCAUGACAACAGAGGGCACCACCUACAGGGAUGUGGUGGCGCUGCUGUAGAAACAAGCCGCAAUACAACAUCUUGGGACUCUGGCAGAUAUUCUAUAACAAGGAUUAUGUUUAUAUCUAUAUAUAUUUUUUGGGGCUUUGUUGAAAAAAAGUGUCAGAUGUCAACAUUUGUUUAUGUUCCAAAGAUGCGAGACAGGUUUUUGGAAAAUAACAUGUUUGGGUUGCCUCUGCAAACUUGUCAAUAAUAAAUGCAAAGAGUGGGGAACUUUUUAACAAGCUACGCCUUGUGGUGUAUGUAGGUUGAAAGUGCCACAAUUAAAUAAAUAUGACAUAUUUUAUUAAAAUGUAUUGUUUGAUUAUAUAUGUAAUUAAAUAAAUAAAUAAACCAA